AUAUACGGAAUCCGAUAGAGAACGGAUAUUGGAGGGAUUAAAAUCAAAAACAUUGUGACAAUGAGGAUAUUAACCAAAGGCAAACUUAAGCUUCUUAUUACCAUGGCAACAUUGGUUACCAUAACAACAUAUAUCAUCAUAAAGAUAUUCAUACCAAGUAACUGUAACUAUGCCAACAUAAUGACGUCAGAUAUACAACAAACAGCGACUCCUAAACACGUUCCCAAAUUUGGAGACAUCGUCAAUACUCGAGGUACUAUACCGGGAGCGGAAACUUUCAAUUGUAUUAUCACGAAAAAAGUCGCACCAAUUCCAGUAUGUAUGUGUAUACACGAGGUUACAAAUGACAUCCACGUUUCUAGGGUGUUUGCCAAAUAUGGUUAUUGGGAAGAGCUGAACGUCAAAAAAAUCUUAAGAAUUCUACAGGAGAAUCCGACUUAUCGAUUUAUAGAUAUUGGAUCGAAUUUAGGGGGUUACACACUUCCAGUAUUGAAUAUGAACCGUGAAGUUAUCGCUGUUGAUGCAACUACUGUAAAUAUAAAACGUCUCUCGCGUAGCAUUCAGCUUAGUAACACCCAUCACCUCGUCACGCUUUACCACAACGCCAUCUAUAGUGAACGAACUGAGAUGGUCAUAAAAGCAGGGGAUAAAAAUAUAGGUGGCUCACAAACAGAUAUUGUAAAACAGGGUGCCCAAUCAACAAAAGAUGAAAUCGUUAAAUCAAUCUAUAUGGAUGAUCUUCUUGAGACUAUUAACUUUACAGAUGCAGUCAUGAAAAUAGACAUCGAAGGCUCAGAGCUACAUGCUUUCAAAAAGAGCCAGAACUUCUUAGACAAAGUUAAAGUUCAUUAUAUUUUCAUGGAAUGGGUUUUUAUAAAAAACUCUCCGAUGCGAGAAACGUUUUUGGCAUCCAUGUACCGGAGAGGCUACGUGCCGUAUGAUUUAUUUGACAAACCAUUGGAUAAACAAACACCGUCUAUGUGGCCAUGGGAUAUAGUUCUCACACUAAUAACCUGAUAAAAUACAGGGUGUUCAAUGAAUUAUGACACUAUUAUAGGUCUCCCAUUUU